AGGGAGGAGAUCUAAAUUAUUCCGAGGGCUGCACCGCCUCCCCGGCCAAUAGAGAUGGGGCGCGGAGACGAGGAGCGGCAGUGCUCUGGAUGGGUGGGAGGGCCUUAUAUUCCUCAGUUUCGAUCCUUGGAAAUCUUACUCGUUUGAAAUACGCUGCAGCAAGGUCGCAAAACCGUGAGAAACGGAAAGCCGGAGUGGGAUUCUCAGCGUGGUAUCUGCGAAAAAGAGAGAUGGCAGCAAUCAGGAAGAAACUGGUUAUUGUGGGGGAUGGAGCAUGUGGAAAGACUUGCCUACUCAUAGUCUUCAGUAAAGACCAGUUCCCCGAGGUGUAUGUGCCCACUGUGUUUGAGAACUACAUCGCAGACAUUGAAGUGGAUGGGAAGCAGGUGGAGCUGGCUCUAUGGGACACAGCUGGCCAGGAGGACUACGACCGCCUGCGGCCGCUCUCCUACCCCGACACUGACGUCAUCCUGAUGUGCUUCUCCAUCGAUAGUCCUGACAGUUUAGAGAACAUCCCAGAGAAGUGGACCCCCGAAGUGAAACACUUCUGCCCCAACGUCCCCAUUAUUCUCGUGGGCAACAAGAAGGACUUGAGAAAUGAUGACCACACGAGGAGGGAACUGGCCAAGAUGAAGCAGGAGCCUGUCAAGUCAGACGAGGGCAGGGACAUGGCUAACCGCAUAGGGGCUUUUGGCUACCUGGAGUGCUCAGCGAAGACUAAAGAUGGAGUUCGUGAAGUGUUUGAGAUGGCCACCAGGGCGGCGCUACAAGUGCGCAAGCGCAAGAAGAGAAAUGGCUGUUUAUUGUUGUGAAGGUUGUGGGGUCUGAAACAAUGAGGGUUGUGGGGGUUGUUGGGGUUGGCCAAGCAUUAAUAAAACACCAGGAGAAUGAUCCCUAAGUAACAUCUGCCCCAUGUUUUUCACAAGCAAACACAGGAGAAGAAAAACAAAUACUGAAAACAAGGCAAACUGGGCAGAUCCAUAGGUUGGAUAUUUUAUAUUUACUUUUUCUGUUUCUCACCUGGUUUUCUCCUGUUCAGUUUGUUUCUGCAGCUUAUCCUGUUUGAGGAAAUGGAUAGUAUGUAUAUGUCUGUCUGCAUGCAUGUUUUUAUGCACACGCAUGUCUCUUCAGCUCACCCACAAGUUAGCAGCACAUUGAUUUGUGAACUUUGCUUGAUGUCAUAUAAAUAAUAGGGUGGGGGGCAAAUUGGGUGGAUUGUGCCAGCUCCCUUGUCGAAAGGGUGAAGUGGAUGGUGUGACGAUCAAACGAGCACUAUGAGUUGGUCUGACAGAAGCCAGCUGUGCCCAGUACCUUCCAGCCUUAACGUUUUACAUUUGAAGUGGCAUGUGUGGAUUGAACCUGUCAACCGAUUCCUGCCACACCCCCACAACCCCCAUGGGACUCUCCAAGCUGUCAUGGAGGUGUAGAGAGCUGUGGGGAAGCUGCCUGUCUCCUGUCACACCACACCUUAGUGUAGUCAAAUGGACAAUAUAGCCUCCCCACUUAUCAACAUGAGAAAACCGGCCCUGUUUUGGACAGAGGGUGCAGUGUGUUCUGAUCACAAGCUGCAAUGCUAUGAGUCUGUUUCCCUACCCGGUCCACACGGACCCCCCCCCAGACAGUCCAUGUUUUUGCAAAAAUGUGGACUAUCUAGCAGGAAACUGGAAGGGAGCAAAAACAUGGGCUUUCUGUGGGUCUCUGAGGAUCGGGUUGGGAAACACUGCUAUAAGAUAUUGCCAUAUGGUCAGAGAGGACUGUCCAAGGAUAAGAUGGCAGCACAGCCUCCUAGCAUUGUACCUUUCAAAUUCUCUGUAGGGCAGUAUCUUUCUGUCAAAUGUAAUCACAAUGAAAGGAAAGAAGGGUGAAAUGCAAGGUAAAUAACUGGUAGAAUUCUGAACCUUUUAAAUAAAUUAUAGGAAGAGUUAUGGAUCUGAGAGUGCCAAGAGACAGAAUAUUAACCAGCAAAGCAAUCCAGAAUACACUGAGUAGUUUUUCCAGGGCUGCAGCCAGCCUAAAUGGUUUACAAACUGGACUUAUGAGUGGAUGACUGGGAAUUCAGGUACCAAGAAGAAUUCUGCGGUUGUAGAAAGCUGCCUGAAUUGUUUCUCAUUUAUAAACUGAUAUUUUACACCUUCACUUCACUAUUUGGAUAAGACUUUGCGUUCCAGCUAUAAUGUAUAAUCAUAAUAAUGAAUGCAGGCCUUUAACUCUUCUUUCCUUCUGGGUUCUGGUUUGAUGGACUUUCCUGCCUUGCAGGCUCAUUUAGGACUUGUGUAGGGGUUCUGGGUAAUUAGUAUGACUGGGUGAUCAGUGGGCUACCUGGAGGGUUUUUCUUCAUGCCUCAGUUUCCCCCCAUAAACCCCCACAGCACUGCUGUAAUGCAUUGAGAUGACCAUGGAAUACUAAGUCUAUAAGUGUAAGCUGUGCGUCACCUGUUCUAAAUCAACAUAUCAUAACUUUAUUGGAGCUCUCCUGCUCAACUCUCCACUCCAGGUGGACUAAGGCCAGUCAAGCAUUUUGUUUUUGUCAGUAUGAUAGCCAUAAUUGUCUGUGACCCGUUUGCCUUACCCUUUUGAUAUGACAGAUUGACAUUCUGUAAGUUUUGAAUGCUUGCUAGUGUUUGGCAUCCUUGACAUGUUAGUACUGCUUGCAUAAGGCUGCAGUCCUUCAGGUAGAGAGAUCAGAGAUACUCCAGUGUUUGCUGUCUGAGCUGACCGUGGUAGCUGGCAUUCUAGCCAUUUCAUGGCACCUGUAACAUCUACUUGGACUUCUAUCCCAUUCUUAUAAAGUGUGCCAUUCAGAUGCUAGGCUGUGUACAGUUUUGUUUUUGAAGCUCCCAUGGCAGAAGGUGACUAUACGGCUGGGUUUUGCUUCAUGGGGUUACUAGUUGCCACUCAGUUGCAGAGUGAGUUUCUUGAUUACUCACUCAAAGUAAUACUAAGCGACACUUGCUUAUCUGUACAAGUUGGGUCUCCCUAAAAUGUUCUGGAGUUAAGCUGUGAGGUACAACGAAUGCUAGCAUGCAUCACAGCCUGCAGGGGCUCCAGACCAUUCAGUGUGGGCCCUAAACUUUUUUCUUUUCCUUACAUUCCUCCAGUUGAACAUCACACUAUGAUGGUGACAUCAAACUGCAGCACUGGUUAGCAAAAGGUCAUCUUACUCAGAUGCACUCAUCUGACGUGUCACUGAUGUAGUAAUAGUGUGUUUGGCCAGGCGGAAACUCAAGUGCAGGGGACAACUUGUUUAAUGAUGCUUCAGACCAAACUCAGAAAUACAUUAGAUGAAAGGAUGUAGAUAUGGGUUAACAAAUGUGCAGAGCACAAAAGUCAGAAUAUGCUGUAUAGACCUAAUAUCUGGAAAUGUUAUAACCACAAUGUGCAUUAGAUAGGCUUUUGUGUGAUAUGGUUUUCAACAGAUCCCUACAAAGGAAAUAAAACGUUUCCAUUUAAAGAUCAGCAUCUGGAGAACACUGCCCCCUGGAGUCCAUAAAUGGGAGGGAAUCGGGGUGCAACAGCCUUAUAAAUAGCAUAUUGAAUUUUAGACUGAACAAACUUGAAUAUUUUUAGUUUUUCAAAGAACGGUGUAGCCUAGAAACUCAAAGUUAAGGCAGUAAAGGUGAAAGAAUUGACAGAGGAAAAACAAAUAUUUCAGGCUGAUAACAUUGCCAUUGCAUAUACAAUACAACCAUUUACGAGGAUUUAAUUGUUGGCCAAAGCAGUACAGUCAUCUGUCCUUUUAAAGGUCAAAGUUCUGCAGGGAUUCUAGGGAUUAAAGUAUGAGGCCAUCUGUAAUGGAUUUCAGAGAGGACACAGAACGAAGACCCUCUGAAUUCCCCACAGAUUUGAAGACCACCCCAAUGGCCUUUGUACUAGUGGAGCAUGUACUGUACUGAGUAAAGUGUUUGUGAGAAUUUUAUAUGUGUCUAAGAUUAAACAUCAAUACAUACAUAUACAGACUUUAUCCCUUUGUUUGCAUGGGUCUGUACCUGACCUCCCUUUGCUACUGUAUUUGUCUUUUGGGACAACUUUGGUAUGUUGGAUUGUUUUCCUCCCACUUUUUUUGUUUUCCUUAAUUUUCCAGGAUUAAUUAAAAGUGCUAAAAUAAUCGAGAUUUGUAUAAAUGCUGAUUGUCAAUGCUUUGUAAACAGAACUAGUGUUGUAGCAAAUGUUCAAAUAAAGAGAACACAUCACA